AAUGGCGAAAAGGAUGAAAAUAGAAAAAUGGAGAUUCUGGGAGAUGAAUGAAGAAGUGAACAAAAGUAGAAAUGGCGACAGCGACGACGACGUCUUCAAUUAGGUCAUCACCAAACUGGAGAACCGUUGUGUUGUUCUGGACACUCUCUUUCACUCUCUUCUACUCUCUCUUCCAAAUGGGUCUUCGAAACUCUCCAUCAACUCCAUCAUCAUCAGAUCCCAUUGCCACCUAUGCGGAACGAAGCGCAAGGUUGUAUGAUAAGAUGGAACGGGAUUUACAGGAAAAUGGUCCCAAGUUCCUUAAACAAGGCGAGACAUCUCAGUCAUUGUCACUUUCAGAUCUCUUCACACUCGACGAUGGCCUUUUAUCACCUGUCCUAAAUGUUGCAAAUCCACCUGUGCGAGCUAAUGUGUUACAUCUCAGCACAGAUUACUCUCUCCCUGUCUCGAAAGCCGUGAAGAGUGUGUUCAGUCCUUACUUCGAAAACACCAUCUGGUUUCAGGACUCUAACAUGUACCACUUCAGCAUGUUUCAUGCAUCCCAUCAUAUUGUCUCCGUUCCAGCUACCGAAGAUGAGGUUGAAGCAGAAGUAGCUGCUGUUAAAGCAGUUGCUAACAAGCUCUGCCCUUUGGAGAUUGUAUUGGAUAGAGUUCUCUUAACCUCAACAGGUGUUCUUCUUGGAUGCUGGAAGGUUAAUUCUGGAGAUGAUCCCAUAACCAUCCGUUCAAAACUAAGAUCCGUGCUUCCACGUGCACCAGAGAAGCAACUUUACGAUGCGGCAAUUCUUCAUACAUCAUUAGCAAGGCUGCUUGGUCCUCCUAUAUCUCCAACCGAGCAGGCUGGUUCUGGUGACCAUCUCCAGGUUCUUCACGAACUGGUCACAAAACUAAAUAACCAAAUCCGAGGAUUCAAGGCAAUAGUAUCAGAGCUGUGGUAUGUAGAAGAGUUCGAUCUUCUAGCGCUUGCAUUGGGAGGAAGAAUGAAGGUUCGAUCGUUCCCACUUGGCUGCGCAAAGAGCUAAUAUUUAUUUUCUUACCGGAUCCGGUUUUACUUUUUUUUUUGAGUAGGAAGAUAUCUGAUGGUAUCUUUUAACAUCAAAAAACCAUUAUGUCAUGUUCGUCAUGUGUAUAUAUUCUUCAAUUUCUGGCACCUUACUUUUAGUCAAGAAAAAUAUUAUAUUCAA